AUGACUCCCAAGAAGCAGCUUGUUUCUAAGUCCUCCGAGACCCCUAUGAUUUCUAAGUCUGGAGUCACCAAGAGGGCCCCUUCCAAGCGAGCCCCCUCUAGGGGAACUACCGUCAACACCGCUUCCUCUUCCUACAGCCUCGAUGCUCUUUUGCUUUGGAAAGUCGGCCGUGUUUCUGGUGGCAUCCCCUUUAAUGCGGUGGCUUCUGCUCAAGCACUCGGCAUUUCUGUUACCGCUAUGAAAAAGCGUUGA